UGUGUGUGUGUGUGUGUGUGUGUGUGUGUGUGCGCGCAUAUAUGCAUACAUACAUAUAUAUAUGUAAUAUGUAUAUAUAUAUAUAUAUAUGGAGCAGUGAACAAAAAGUGUAUGUUUACAUUUCAUGAAAAUCUCAAUGAAAAUUAUAAUUAAGUUCUUUUGUUCCAGUUUUUUUUCUCUUUAUAAAUACUUAUGAGAUAAUUAAAGAAAUAUAUAUAAAUAUAUGCGAUAUUAGAGUCAACGCGUUAAUCAAUGAAUGUCUUUAAAGUGAUAUCACGCGUAUAAAUGUAGAAUGAAAAUAAGAUUCAUGCUUACAAUACAGUAAGGAAUAUAUUAUUCCUUCGGUUAUAGAGAUAAUAAGCUAUAAAGCUCAAUAGUUAUCUUUUCCAUCCUAACGCUCGAAAUUCGCCCUGAUUACAUAAUGAUCGAAUCGUUAUCUUUUAUCGUAUGAUGGUACUAUAUAAUUAUUGUACUUUCGAUUACUUUUCAUUCGAGAUCUCGUGUUUCGAGCUUUUCACAAUGCUCAUUUUAUUGCAAUUGGUCAAACUUAAAAAAAGGCUCACGUUGAUUGAACACAGGCGAGAAUUUUUGUUAUUAACAUUCUAGUAUAAGCACUAUCAACAAUGAAUUAUUGUUUUGUCGAGUUUCGAAACAUGAAUAGCUUUACAUCUUUUUUCUAAAUAUUUUAACGAAAUCAUUAUUAACACUAUGUCGUCAUUUUAUUGGGUUCGAGGUUCAGCUACCAUUCGACCUAUCCCUGCUCUUUUCGACAGUUACAGUAUAAGUAUUUCUAACGUAUGUGCCAGUACAUGUAUUCGUCCGCAUACGGCCAACUAGAAAACUUCUUUUUUUUCAUACCUUCGACAUCCAUUAUAGUUACGGGCAAAGAGCCAAGUACUUUGAAUACUACAUUGAUUUCUUAUCAAAGUGUGAUAUAAAUCAUAGCAAUACUAUCCGAUGAUAUAUUCUUUUUUACAGUAUUAUGAUCUAAUAUUAUAUUGAACCAUUUAGUCAUUAUUUCUGUGCUUGAAAUAGAGCUAACAACAGGAAAAGAAAGAGAGCUUUGAUACGUACGAUAUGUACGUCAGUGUAUUAUUACUUUUCAUAGUGAUCAUUUUGUUGAUAAUCUUUAAAAAUAAACAACGAUGGAAACAGAAGAAUUUUCCACCAGGACCUUUUUCUUGGCCGUUUAUUGGAAAUCAAUCUCUUUUGAAACGAUUGGUUCGUAAACACGGUAGUCAGCACGUAGCAUUUUGGAAGCUUGCUCAAAGAUAUAAAAGCGAUGUAAUAAUGUUAAGAUUAGGUAUGCGUAACAUUAUUGUAGUUUCCGGCAUGACAACCGUUCACAAAUUACUAUGUAGCGAUGAUUUUGAUGGUCGUCCUUGGAACGAAUUUAUUAAGUUACGUAACAUGGGAAUGCGGAAAGGUAUUACUAUGAACGAUGGAACGGAAUGGAAAGACGUUAGAUCAUGGGUAGUAAGAGCACUAAAGACCGUUGGAUAUGGCAAACGGGAGAUGUCAAAGCUCAUCCAGGAUGAACUGGUUGUAAUUCUCGAAAUCCUAAAAAAAGGUGGUAUAAAUAAAAUGAAGGAAACUAUCGCACCCGCCGUCAUAAACGUUCUUUGGACUUUUACAACGGGAAAGCGAAUCAGCGACGUUUCAAAAUUGCAAUAUUUUAACGAUCUGAUGGAACGACGUGCUCGUGCCUUCGACAUGGUUGGAGGAAUUCUAUCUACUUUUCCUUGGAUUCGUUAUAUCGCACCGGAGACAUCGGGUUACAAUCUUCUCGUGAAAAUCAACGAUGAAUUGAAGAACUUCCUAACGGAGAUAAUAUACGAUCACAAGAAGAAUUAUGUACCUGGUAACGAGUCCAAUUUAAUCGAUAUGUUCUUUCGUGAGAUGUACGAUCAGAAAGGAUCGAAGAACAUUUUUACAGAGGAGCAAUUGCUGAUGAUACUAUUGGAUCUCUUUAUUGCCGGCUCUAAUACCACCACAACUACCUUGGAUUUUCUUCUUUUGCACGUGGUCGUUCAUCAAGAUAUACAAAAAAAAGUAAGAGAAGAGAUAACGACAAAGAUCAAAUUGGACGAAUUUCCAAAAUUGGAAGAUAGAAUCAAGCUCCCUUAUGUAGAGGCUUUUAUAACCGAGGUUCAACGUAUGUAUACAAUAACUCCAAUAAUAGGUCCGCGACGAGCCUUUAAAGAUACGAUCUUCGAAGGUUAUUCGAUACCAAAGAAUACCGUUAUCCUCAUCAAUUUAUAUAGCGUCAAUAUGGAUCCAGAUAUCUAUCCGAAUCCGCACGAAUUUAAACCGGAACGUUUCUUUAAGGAUAACGCUUAUAAACCGGAUAAGAACUUGGUGCUCUUUGGCAAGGGUAAAACUACUACGAAUUCAUUUCUUUUCCUUACGAUUCUUCAAAUUUAUUCUCGUCUUUUCCGAUCCACAUUAUUCGAACGCAUAAUAAUAUCGUUGAAUCGGUUUAAGUUUUUAACUUGUUUUUCAUUAGGAAACAGACGAUGCCCUGGCGAACAUUUGGCAAAAUCCGCUCUUUUCCUACUUUUCGUUGGUAUUAUGCAAAAAUACGCGUUACUUCCUGUACCAGGCCAAAGACCUUAUGUCAUCGAAGCAAUUCCAGGUCUAACGAUAGCACCAAAACCGUACGAGGCGAUGGUUGUACCGUAAUCUUUACCUUAUAACUUGAACUUUUUCUUUUAUCUUUUUUCUUUGAAAAUGUUCACGAGCUCGGUUAUAUGUUUUUAUCCUAUCAAACAUGAUUUCGUAUUACCUGAUAAUAUUAGAUUUCGAUUAAUUUUCCAAAUCUACUUAUAUGUAAUAACCAUUUAUAUUUUCAAGUAAAACAAGGGAAAAGUGGGUUUAUAUUAAAAGUGGAUUUGUCUCCCUUCCUUUCUCCCUCUCUCUCUCUCUCUCUCUCUCUCUCUCUCUCUCUCUCUCUCUCUGCACAAAUUAUCAUUUUAAUCACUAAUGAUAAUAAAAAUAAUAAAUAAUAAUUAUUGGAUUUAUUUGAAGUAAAUUUAUAACUCAAGCAAGAUCAGGCAAUCUCGAAACGUUAAACGACGCCACAUUUGUUUGGAGUCUCGGAAGAAAAUCUUCGUUAGAAUACAGUUUGUUGUUUCAACCGCGUAAAAGUCGUUUUACGCGUUCGACGAAAUCAAGCUGUUUCGCAGAAGUCCAAAUCUAUCGUCGGUGGCAUGUGCCACGUGGCGUACAUUUCAGUGCUUUAUAUCGGAUCUCAUCGAGAGCUUGAGAUAGUACGGCUUCGGUGAUAAAGUGAAACUAUCGUAGCAAUCGCUUGGAUCGGGUAUGUCAUGUAUAGGUGAGAUAUCGAAAUUGAAAUAAUAUAUGAAAUAGACGAAAUAUAAGAAAAAUGUUGAACGAGCAAGUAAUUCUCCGAGACAUCGUCUCUUUCCUAAAAAUGAUGUUAUUAGAAGAUAAUCAAUGAAGGCAUAUAAUCUUAUUUCAAAUAAAAAAUUACCUAAUCCGAACGGUAUGUUUGCAUUGCUUUGACGAAAUUGACCGUUCUUAUCGAGAAAACGUUGAGGCCUAAAUUCCUCCGGAUGAUCCCAAUAAGUUGGAUCAUAAUGAACGCUAUAAUAGUCGAAAAGUAUCAAUGUAUCCUAGAAAGAAAGAAACUCCUUCAAAAUUUUCUUCCUACGUUUCAAUUUACAACAUUUUUCAAAUUUUCUGAAAUCUGACCUUAGGUAUGAGAUAUCCAUUAAAGUCAACGUCCACCAUGGUUUUGUGUGGUACCCCAAAGGGUGCCAUGAUCAAGUAUCUUUGUACCUGUGCAAAUGAUUAAACAACAUUCUUAAGUA